GAAACAUUGAGGAGGAGACCUGGAGAAGAAGAAGAGGAGGAGGAGAAGAAGUUGUUGGAGGCUUCAGCUCCUCAGACCCUGUCCUCAUCUGCUCCGCUGUAGGAACAGCUUCUCAAUAACAGACCACAUCCACCAUUAUCAGUAUCAGUGUUACUUCCAGAGUUUAUUCUGAGCCGCACGUGAGCGCAUCAUGACUUUCAGGAGGCUGAAGAAAGUGAACUCCAGCGGACCCGAGUCUGGACCCGCAGCCCCGGACCACGACAUCUAUUUCCCCUCGUCCCAGUCGGACAGCUGCAGGACGGUGGAGGUGCGGAGCGGCUCCUCGGAGGUCUACAGCUACAAGACCCUGGCUUACUCCGGAGGGACGCUGCCCAGGAACUUCAAGAAGGGGGGCGGCCUGCAGAAGUGGAAACCCCUGACACUGUCACCGGAGCCACAAAGGAACGUGGUCGUGCUGGAGAAAAAUGAGGAGGAAUCGUUUGGUUUUGAGAUCCAGACCUACGGCCUCCACCAUCAGGACCAGAACUCGGUGGAGAUGUGCACGUUUGUGUGCAAGGUGCACGGCGACAGCCCAGCCCAGCAGGCAGGCCUCAAAGUCGGAGACACCAUCGCGAGUGUGAACGAAGCCUCGGUGGAGGGAUACCGACACAAAGAGAUCGUUCAGCUCAUCCGGGCCUGUGGGAACACACUCAGGCUGGAGACGGUUUACAGCGACUCGAUCCGCAAAGCCGAGCUGGAGGCGCGGCUGCAGUAUCUGAAGCAAACGCUUCACGAGAAGUGGGAUGAGUAUCGGUCGCUGAUGGUGCAGGAGCAGAGGCUCGUUCACGGUAUAGUAAUGAGUGAUGCGGCGGUGUACGAGUCCCUGGAGUCGGCAGGCGUGUACGGCAGCCUGGGCGCCCCCAGCCCCGCGGCUCAGAGGGCCCUGCUCGGCACCGGCAGCACCAGCAGCAGCGCCAGCUUCCUCAGCACGGCCACAGAGGACGACCCUCUGUACCAGACCUGCCUGUACCAGGUGGACGGCAGCGUGGACUCAGACAACGGCAGUGCCGGCAAAAAGAAAGAGCUGCAGCUGCCGCAGAAGGUGCAGCGUCUCCGGCCGGCCAGCGAGCUCUUCACCUCGGCCAAGACGCAGCUGACCCGCAGCGCCAGCACACGCAGCUACAUGAGAGGCUCCAACUCGUCGGGCGAGAAGCAGGGAGGCUUCACCACGCUGCAGAGGAAGCCCAAACAGAAGAGCUUCCGCAGGCGCCUCCUCAAGUUCAUCCCCGGCCUGAACCGGCCGCUGGAGGAGGAGGAGAGCAAGCUGUGAGCCGGGCGCCACAGAGAACUGACCCAAUGACUUUAAAAGCACCAGUGACUGUCAGACUAAAGCUGCCCAAAGAAAACUGAGCCCACAAACAGUGAAGAGACCAAAGAGAGACGGCUCAGCUUCAGGCCGCGGCUUCUCCCAGCCGGACGGGACUUUUCUUUACAUUUGUUCAUCUCUUGUUUAAGUUAUUUAUUUAUUUUUGACACGUUUUUGGUUUCUGUACAGAAUGAAGCAUUUCUCAGUUUUUACUGCAUGCAAGACUUUUAUUUUGUCAGCUGAAUAAAUGGCCUGUUACGAG